GUAGGAGUAGAUCUGAACGUGCCGCCGUGCAGUCAUCGCUCAAUCCCCUCUCAUCCUUUUAAGCCAUGGUGGAACCAAGAAAGAUUCUCAAUUGUCGAUGGCGGCGGCAGCGGCAGGAGCAGCCAUGGCCGUGAUCCCGGAUUGGUCUCGGCUCCCCGAGGACCUGAUCCUCGUCGUGAUGAAGAAGCUGGAUAUCCCCGCCGAGCUUUUCCGCGCGGGGACCGUCUGCUCCUCAUGGUACGCUGCCUAUUCUACUGCCCGCCGUGUCCGUAUUCCCAUCAAGGACACGGCCCCUUGCUUGCUGUAUUCCUGUCAGGCCGACGACGACCCCAGCGCCGCCGCGCUCUACAGCCCCUCCACCGGGGCCUGCUUCCGCAUCCGCCUCCCGGACCCCCCGCUCCGUGGCCGUGCCCUGGUCGGCUCCGCGCACGGCUGGCUCGUGGCCGCCGACCACGAGUCCAACCUCCACCUCGUGAACCCUCUCACGGGCACCCAGCUCGCCCUCCCGCCCGUUACGGGGCUGCACCACGCGGAGAGCUUCUUGGACCACCAAGGGAACCUUAUGUACAAUCUCCAAGAGAGCUUGGACCUGGAUACUGUCCAAGAGGGACCUGUGUCAUAUCCGGCGCGCAGGCUGCGUCACUUUUUGUAUAGACGGGUCAUCGUCUCGUGCUCGCCUUCCAUGGGGAGAAGAUGCAUCGUGCUCCUCCUGCACAGGCCAGACGGGCAGCUCUCCUUCGCGCGCCUUGGGGACGCGCGCUGGACCAAGGUUGCCUGCAGCGACUCGCUCAAGUGGAACAUUGGUUACCGUGAUGCUCUUUACAAUGAUAAAGACGGUUUGUUCUACCUCCUGGCCUGUGAUUGCUCUAUAACUACAUUGGAUCUGCACGGGUCUUUGCCGCCGGUGGCAAGGGAGGUCAUCAAGGGUUCGACUCUAUGGGAUGAUCCCACCAAGUACAUUGUCCUCGCACCAUGGGGCGAUCUCUUGGAGGUGUGGAGGGUGAGGUUCAUGGAAGAGCCCACUACUACCGCUAAAUCUUCCAUGGAGCUCCCUUCAAAAGUCGUAACGGAAGAAUUUUGGAUCUAUAAAGUUGAUACCGACGAGCAAAAGCUUGUUAGGAUAAUGAGUAUCGGAGAUCAUGCCCUGUUCCUCGGCUUCAACUCCGUGUUGUGCCUUUCGACAAAGGAUUUUCCGACAUUAAGACCGGAUUGUGCUUAUCUCACCGAUGACUUCCAUGAAGAGACGUGUACACAUGAGCAUAAUUGGAGAGAAAUCGGAAUUUGGGAUUUCAAAACAAAGAGUUACACCAUGGAGAGCCUUGGAGAUGUGCAAUCUCUCCAUCCUUGGAUGAAUUGGCCGUCACCGAUUUGGGUAACGCCAUCUAUCAAUUAGAUUAGAUAGAUGAUAGAAGCAUGACAAAUAAAUAGUUGUACUCCCUCCAUUCCUAUUUCUAGGGUGUAAUAUUUUUUGGUAAGACAAGCCUUUGAACAAGAAUUACAUUAUUAUUACUCCCUCUGCCCCGAGAAAAGGUUGUCGUAGAUUUGUCUAAAUUCAGAUGUAUCUAGACACUAAGGAUGUCGCUCAUUUGUCUAAAUUCGUCCUUUUCGGGGCGGAGGGAGUAUUUUUCUUUUUAAUGACAUGAGUUGGUAUCACUAGAUUUA